UCAAAUAGCUACUCCAAUCCUAAUCCUGAUCCUAAUUCUAAUUUUGAUACUUUUUAUGUAACUUUUAAAUCAAGACUACCAUGUGUGCUGUGUUUAUACCAUGAAAAUAAAUUCGUAUUCCAUCCCACUACUUCACUUCACUUCGGUUUCUUUUCUUUCUCGUGCAAAUUUUCAGUCUGUCAAACUGAUCUCUCUUUUUUCUAAUCUCCCAAAAACAUCAAUAAAACGACAACCCUGCAAAUAUGAAACGUUCUUCUUCAACGAUCAACGAGCCAGGGCCAUCGUAAGCGGGCCAAAAAAACGUCAGACAGGAAGAGGUUAAGUACUUAGAAGCAUAACUUGUUCUCGAACCAGGAUUAUAAUCAUGAGGCAGCCUAGUGAGAGCUCAGUGAAUGCCACACUCUGGGAUUCUACGACUUUUUACAGGACACGGAAUCUAAAAAACAAUCCUCUGAAAAGGCCAAGGUCAUGUCAAAACAAGGAGUGCCAAAAAGUAGACCGCAUUAGCAAUCUACCUGAUCCCAUCAUCCAACACAUCCUCUCUUUCUUGCCUGCUGAUGAUGCGAUCAAAACAUGCAUAUUAUCAAAGCGGUGGGACUCUAUUUGGACUUUAGUGCCAAAUCUCAUAUUUCGCCGUGAAUGUUCUUGCUCUCAAGAAGCUGAAAAUUUUGCUGUCUUCGUUGACAAAGCUCUGAUGCACUACUGCUCCCCAAAGGUGAAGAAGUUCCUUGUGGAGUUUGAGUUCACUGAAUGUUUCAAGGCUCAAGUUGACUCGUGGGUGGACUUUGCUGUACGUCUCAAGGUGGAGGAGCUUUGUUUGGAGUUUCAUAGAGAAAUUGCUGAUGAUCCUGACUAUUAUUACUUGCCUAAUUUUUUGUACAGCAAUAUCCCUGCAGAGAAACUGAGUCUAAGAUUCUGUGCUUUAUCUCCUAAUAAGCUGAAGCAAGUUUCUUGGAUGUCAUUGAAGGUUUUAUCCAUCUCAUAUAGCUGGUUAUCCAAUGAGAUGAUUAAAAACAUUUUUUUAGGCUGCUCCUUACUUGAGUACUUGAAAUUGAAUCAGUGCUGUGGCUUUGAUCAGAUUAAUACUAAUUUCAGUUCAAGUUUAAAAGAUCUAGUGGUGGAUGGUUCCUGGGGUCCUGAGGAUAAAUUUGGUGAUUUUGUGAUCACGAUUAAAGGUCCUAAUCUUCUAUCCUUAACUUUAGCAGGGUAUAUGCAUAGAGCGAAUUAUAUGCUGCUAGAUGUUUCAUCUUUGGUAGAAGCUAGUAUUGGUUAUCGGAUGAAAAGUUGUAGCCAUGGUUGCAGAAGCAAUUGGUAUAGUGCACAUCGCAGCGUGUUGCAUGACCUACUUGAAAAAUUACAGCAUGUUGAGAAACUUACAAUUGGAACUUGGUGUCUUCAGGUUCUAUCUAUAUCAGAGGUGAAGGGUCUGUCUUCUCCAACUUCAGCAUGCAAGUAUCUAACACUGAACAAGAAGAUCAACAAAUGGGACCUUCCUGGGAUUGCAAGCUUGCUACAAAGUUCGCCUAAUCUGCAGAAAUUAACUAUCAACUUGAUGCCCUCCAACAAUUUUGAGUUUGAGCUUGACAGGUCUUUUUAUAAAUAUUAUAGUUUUGAUGGAGAGGAAUACUGGAGUUUAUAUAAUCAGAGGAUUUUCAAAUGUUUAGUGCUGCAUCUCAAGAGUGUGGAGAUUUUUGGAUUUGACACAAGUUGUUCAAGUUUGAAACUUGUAGUUGAUCAAUGGGUGCAGUUUCUGCUCAAGAAUGCCAAGGUACUGGAGAAGAUGAUUAUACAUGCACAGAGAGAUGAUGUAAAUCGCACUUGGAUGUCUGUUGAGGCACAGGAAUUAAUGGAAUUACUUGAACUGACCCAAGCAUUCUUGUCCUACCCUAGAGCUUCACCAAAUGCAAAGGUUAUGUUAGAAAGUUGCUUUAAGUAAUUUAAAUUUGUAUAAGUGCAUUUGCCAGGGUUCCUUUAAGCAUGUUAAAGUCAAGUUGAAUAUUGCUUUUCUGAAAAAUGUAGAUAUUCUCGUUUUGAACUGAAGGAUUUGAUUUUUCGGCA